AUGGAGGAUUGGGAUCAAGACACAUUGGAGAAGAUGGUAGAUCUGGUUUGCAAAUACUUUCUUGAAGCAAUUGAAAAGAAACAGUAUGGUUGGUGUUGGUUCUGGGAUUGCCCAAAUGGUGGCAAAGAUUGUCACUACAGACAUGCUCUUCCUUCAGGCCAUGUUUUGAAAUCUCACUUCUCGAGGAAGAGGCCAAAAAGAUUCCCAAUUGAGGAGGAAAUUGAGAAUCAGAAAAAGAUGGAAGAAACUGGUCUUGCUGCACAACAAGAAAAAAGAGCUAAGAAUGACCACAUGAGUGAUCAAGCGCUGUUCCUUUCUGAUUCUUGCUUGUUUGUGGAUGACACUAAGGCCUAUGAAAAAUACCAGAGAGAAGUAGAAUCUGAGGUUGCUGAGCAAAAGAAAGUAGAGAAGCACCCCCUUACUUUUUAUUCUUUUGUGCAAAAUGCAUAUGAUCUGUUUAAGGUUGCUGUUAGUCAGCCAAAAGUGUUGAUCCGAAAUCUAAACUAUUUGAGUUUUUCAAGGCAGGACGGUGUAGCAAGGGUUUCAAAUGCAGAGUUCUCAUAUGACUUGAAUGUCCAGAGGAAGGGAGAGAAGAUUGAUACUUACAGUGAUAAGCGUGACAAAGGUGAAUGA